GGUCUAGUCGAACCAGUAGUGCUGAGUGGAGUGUGCUGCUCUUGCAGUUAUUCUGCCGCUGACUGCGUGGGAAAGACUUGCAAGAUGACUGUUACGCUGGCGCUGAGCAUGAACACCGAGCGUAAGAGCAUCAGAGAGCAUAGCCGUUCGCGUUCGCCUGCACCUUCUCAAGCACGACUCUUGACCCGAUGCCAACGACCUCACCAAACGAUGAACCCAUCCACUCUCCAACCAAGUCAGUUGGGCUGACGGUCUGCUCCCAUACCGGCGUCAGCGUCCGCCCCGCGUUACCCUCAGGCGCCGCCUCAAUCGCCAACGUCCACAUCCGCUCCUGGCAAUGGGCUUACGCCGGCCUCAUGCCCGCCUCAUACCUCGACAAUCUCGCUCCGUCAUUGGAGCGGCGCACGCAGCGAUGGCUGGACCGUCUUUCCGCGCCUGCGAGCAACAACCCGACAGUGACACUAGUCCCCGAGCUUGACAAUGAAGUGGUCGCCUUUGCCUCCCUCGAUCCCCCCCGCGACAAAAUCUUUACCACCGCAGAAAUGGAGCUCACAAGCCUCUACCUCCACCUUCACGCCGCUGGCCAGGGCAUUGGACGAGCACUUAUGGACGUCAUCAAAAAUGAGAUUCGACACCUGGGCAUGCAUCACGCGACGUUGUGGGUGUUGGACACGAAUGAGCGUGCGCGGAGGUUUUAUGAGAGGGAGGGGUGGAGGGUUACGAAGGAUGUGAAGGUUGAGACGGUUGGGACGAUGGAUUUGAGGGAGGCCAAUACCAAGGGGACAGAAAACUUAAGCACGGAGGAGGCGAGAUGCGAAGCUGGAGCUGCACCUGCGAGCAGGAGGAUCUCCUCUUAAAGUGAAGUCUGCGACACGGAAUCAGUGCUGGACUGUGGAAGGGCAACGGAGAUGCGGAUGACAGCACGGUGCGCGGCUCCCCAUGAAACAAGACGAUGUUGUUUCACAGCUGAUGAUGAUAAUGCGACUUCAAGCCACGCCGACGCAUCGAAGGAGUAUCGAAUAUGAAGGGUUAGACAUCCAAUGGCGCUGGGACGUACAAAACCACAUAGUUUUGAAACGAACGAUCAAUGAGUGCCUGAGAUGA